CUCUGGGGCAGGACGCGCCUCUGCUCUGUCCCGGCUGUGCAAAGUCCCGGAGCCCCCACGCCAGCCAGACGCCGACAGCCAUGGCCUCCAGUUCCUGCCCGCCGUCCCCGCUACUCGCGCGGCUGCCGGAGGCCAUCCCCUGGGCGCACAGGAAGCUAGAGAAAUACUUCCAGAGCCGGGCCUCCGGAGGCGGGGAGUGCUCUGUCCAGCCCGUGGGUCCCAGCGCCCCCGACACCUUCGAGGUGAAGUUCCUAGAGAGGGCAGCUAAGGAGAGAGUACUGGAACAGGAAGAGCACCAGAUGUCAAUUGAUGGCAAACCCGUGCCCAUUUUCCUGGAGACCAUUAAAAAGCCAGUAGAUGACCCAAGCUCCAAACACCCAUCUUUGACACAGUCGUCAGCUGAGACACCAAGCUCCAGACCUCCAUCUUGGACACAGUCGUCAGCUGAGACACCAAGCUCCAGACACCCAUCUUUGACACAGUCGUCAGCUGAGACACCAAGCUCCAGACCUCCAUCUUGGACACAGUCGUCAGCUGAGACACUAAGCUCCAGACCUCCAUCUUGGACACAGUCGUCAGCUGAGACACCAAGCUACAGACCUCCAUCUUGGACACAGUCGUCAGCUGAGACACCAAGCUACAGACACCCAUCUUGGACACAGUUGUCAACUGAGACACCAAGCUCCAGACCUCCAUCUUUGACACAGUCGUCAACUGAGACACCAAGCUCCAGACCUCCAUCUUGGACACAGUCGUCAGCUGAGACACCAAGUUCCAGACACCCAUCUUGGACACAGACUCUGGGUGAAGCUCUGUCUGAUGAAGAGCCUGUUUCUAACUCUGUUGACGCUAUUGUCCAAAAGAUCUUCCUGGCUGUGACUGCUGAGCUGAACUGUGAACUGUUCUCCAAAGAGCAGAGGGCACGCAUAGCCGCCGUCUGCCCUGGCGUUAGAAGCGUGGAGGGUGAUGACGGAAUUGCGAAGGUGUGUGGCAGCUUCAGAGAUAUUGAGAAGAUACAUCACUUUUUGAGCAUGCAGCUUUUGGAAAGUGGGCAGAAACAGAAGUACCCCCCACAAAAAUACCCCCCUUCUGAUGUGGAGAGAGAGCCACCCAACCAGCAAGACCGGGUCAGAGGCUUUUCCUCUUCGGAACCAAAAGCCAAGUUAGAAGAUGUUUUUGAGAACUGUUUUGAAGUUUCCGUGCUUCUCCUUGAAUAUUUCAGACAUGCCUGUCCUGGUAGAAUACAGUCCUUAGAGAAAAAAUUUGGGGUAAACAUUGAAAUCCAAGAUAGUGCUCCCGACAUGGUCUCUGUACGCUUCACACCCAGACAAUCAGACAACUUAAACUUAGAAGCAGCUUGUGAGUCUUUUGUCAAAGAUUUUCAGAAAUGCACCCAAGCUCUGAAGCAAGAUUGUGUCUCUUUAGAGGACCCUCAGAAAGCAAAGGAACUCAGACAAGAGUUGAGUCGCUGCUUUCCAAAGCUCCUGAUAAAGGGGCAGGGGGAAACGCUAACUCUCCUCGGCUCUCAAGCUGACAUCUCAGCCGCCACAGAAAAAGUCUCCCAAACUUCCCUCAAGACACCUGUGAAAAUAAUGGCGUCUGGUUACAGGACAGGGAUUGAAGUUGAUUCGACUCACUUUAAGCUUCUAAAACCUGAACUGCUCCAGGAAAUCUCAGAGAUAGAGCAGAAGUAUAACACCUGCAGCAAAAUCCAGGAGAAAAGCCAGAAAACCUGCAUCCUAUUUGACACCAAGGAUAAGGAGGUUGACCUGUCUGUGCACUCUUAUACAAGUUUCACUGACGCCUUCCAACAUGCCACGUGCCAGCUAAGGACAGAAGUCCUGCCGCUGAAACACUUGGGCAAGGGGAAAGCUCACUUACAUAAGACCAAGUUUGUUGAUGACUUAAAAAAAAAGCACCCAAGUGUACACUUCGUGAUAUCUCAAGAGUCAUUGACUUUGAUUGGUUUGCCGAAUCAGCUUGCGCAGGCAAAGCAGUAUGUCUUCAAAAGAGUGGGACUGUCCCCAUCAUCUGGAGAGAAAUUAAAUGGGGAUCGUGAAACACCCAUGGAUAUCGACAGGGAUGACUCACAUUCGGCUUCACCUCCUCCCAGCGGCUCUGCAGAUAGCUCUGGGGCCUUGAAGGAGAAGAGCGAAGAAGACGACUGUGCCAUCUGCAUGGAAACCAUUAGCAACAAGCAGGUGCUCCCUAAGUGCAAGCAUGAAUUCUGCACCUCCUGUAUCACCAAAGCCUUGUCAAUCAAGCCUGUCUGUCCCGUGUGUCAGACUUCCUACGGUAUCCAGAAAGGGAACCAGCCAGAAGGAGGAACCAUGACUUCCAGCACGUUAAGACAGCCCCUUCCAGGUUAUGACGACUGUGGCACAAUUGUGAUUCAAUAUAAUAUGAAAAGUGGCAUCCAAACAAAUGAGCACCCAAACCCAGGAAAGCCCUAUCCUGGAACACAUCGAACAGCAUACUUGCCUGAUAAUGAAGAGGGAAGAAAGGUCUUGGAUCUGCUCCGAGAAGCCUUUCGAAAAAGGCUGAUUUUCACAAUAGGGUACUCUCGAGUAACAGGAGCCUCGGAUGUCAUUACAUGGAAUGACAUCCAUCACAAAACAUCCACGUUUGGAGGGCCAGAAAAUUUUGGCUACCCUGAUCCUAAUUACCUGAAACGUGUCAAGGAGGAGCUGAAAGCGAAAGGAAUUGAGUAAGGAAAGCGCUGAGAAGAUGUCUGUCCACUUUCCAAAGAAGUGUGUCAGGAGGUCGUGUUAGUACAGGCCUAACUCUUUUUAGAAAACUAUAGCGUUUUUUUUGUGUUAAGUAGAUGUAGUUUCUAUAAAAAGCAGAAGUCUGCUUGCCAGUCAUUUCUAGAGUGUUACUGUUUCAUGGAAGGCAAAAUAUAAAGGGCAUGGGCUGGGGAGGUCAUCCAUAAGGUGUGAAGACAUGAGCUCAGAUCAGCAGCAGCCAUGCAAAAGCUAGUAUGAUGGCAUACGCUUGUAAUCUUAGCACUGGUGAGUGGAGACAGGAGGAUUCCUGGAGCGUACUGGCCAGCUAGUCUAGCCCAAACCAUGAGCUCCAGGUUCACUGAGAGACCUUGUCUCAAGAAAUCGGGUGCAUGGGAGCAUGAUGGCACAUGCCUUUAAUGCCAGUACUCGGGAGGCAGAGGCAGGCGAUUUCUGUGAGUUCCAAGACAGCCUGGUCUACAUAGACCAAGUUCCAGGACAGCCAGGGCUACAUGGUGAGACCCUGUCUCAAAACAAACAAAAUAAAUAUGAGGUGGACAGAAAUAAAGACAUCUAGCAUCACCCUCUGGCCGCCAUAUGCACCUACACACACGAGUACACAUGUGUGUGCUCCACACACACAUAUGCACAUACACACACAGAGAGAAAAGUUUUAGAAAGGAAAAAGAUAAGGGAUUUCAAAUUUUUGCUGAGGAAGUCUGAUCUCAUUCUUGUGUUAUGGUUGGGAUGCUGACUAGUAUGAAAUCAUCUUCUGUGUCUUUCACUUGAACCACUGGCAACUAAUUGAACCUCUCCAGUUUUUUGUUUCGCUUGAGACAGGGUCUCACUGUGUAGCUCUUGAACUUGCCUUGCAGACCAGAUUGGUCUUGAGUUUAGAUCUGCCUGCAUCAGCCUCCUGAGUGCUGGGAUUAAAGACAUGUGCUACAUGCCCGGUUAUAUUUGUUUGUUUGGGGGUUUUUGUUGUUGCUUUUUGUUUUUGAUUGGUUUGGUUUUGGUGUUGGGACUUAAACCCAAGGUCAAUAAGUUCCAUCCCAAGACCUUUGAUCCUGUUCCAUGGCCAUCUUUAGUAGUACAUUAGUUGUUUGCAUUUUAAUCCCUUCCUGGACAAGUAAAACCCUUGUGUAAAUGGGAAAUUUAAAAACAAGAUUGCCUAGGAAAGACCAACUUCCUUCCCUACCCACAGCAAGAAAUGUGUCCAGGAGGUAGACAACUUUUGAUAAUACAUAGAACAAGAAGAGUCUUGUUUUUUUUAGGAUACUGAGCCUAGUAGACAGUUGGUAAAAUGUGUGUUUGUGGCCUGACUCAGGUGGCUAGUAGCUCAGCAAAGGGAUGCGCACAUGAAAAGAUUUGCUCCUCAAAUCACUGGCAAAAGCAGAACUGGGUACCUUGGCAUUCAUUUGGCAAACAGUUUCUUACUCCAACAGGUAUUGGUUAGACUCUGGCCAGGCCUUUAUCAUAGGCGCUACUCUUCACCGAUCCUUGGAAUCUGCCCUAAAGGGUGCCCUUGUCUUGCCACGGAAGUGCAACGUGUUUUUCACAUUUUACCCCAACAUUAUGUUGUACAUUUUGAAUAUGUUCUGUUUCAAAUUUUAACAGAUAAAUAACCGUGCCUUAGGUUAGCAUUUUCUAAUAACUGCUACCUGAAAUGUAGUAAUUUUUUGUUUUGUUUUUUUUGGGGGGGGUUGUUUGUUUUUGUUUUUUGUUUUUUGUUUUUCUUUUUUGGUUUUUCAAAGUUUCUUGUUUCUUAAUCCUUUGACUGAAUCCCACCAAUUUGUGUUAUCUCUCUCAUGGUAUUUUUAGUCCUUUCCCUGGACAUGAGUGAAGGAGAGAAUUAAACAUACUUUAGAGUCCGUAUGGCAUGUCACAGUACACUGUAAGCGGUCCUCCAAAACAGAAAAAAAUCACAGUACACAGUGAUCUGGUGAUCUGUGUUACAACUGCUCUCCAAAAUGGUAGAUGACAUGUCUUGAACUUUUCCUUAAGACACACAUAAAAAACAUUUAGGCCAGAUAAUAAUAGCAAGCAUUUAUUGAGUACUUAUUCUGCAUGUACUUUACAUGUUGAUGUGAUCAAUACAAUUAGUAGCUUUAGUCUUUGAACCGAAAAUUGAUGUGCAGAGAGU